CAAAUCCCAGGGAGGAGCGGGCGGGCGCGAGGUAGGGCCGCCGUCUCAGGGCGGGGGGUACGAACGGGAGCCGGUCGCGCGGUUGGCGGCCGCCGCCAACGGCUGCUCCUGCGCCCGCGCGCUCAGGCUGUGCUCCAUCCUAGCCAUGGCCGUCCCCUGCGUCUUCCUUCUAACUGUGCUGGGAGCAGAAGUCACCAGCAAAUCCACUGACAGCUUGGAAUCGGACGCGGAAUGCUGCGUCGAUACAAUGGAGGCCAACAGCACCUGUCUCGCCAAUAGCCAAUGCACUCCAGGCUGCUACAGGCGGUGGAACGAAGACGGCAGCAGCAGCUGCGUGAAGUGUGAGAACGAGACCCUCCCGGCGGCUCCGGCGUACAACCUGACAGACUGCCAAAACGACGCAGCCGGGGAAUUGAAUCCUCUCAUCAACAUCACUACCCUAACUCCAGAGACCUUCGGUAUAGGAGGUCCCGAAGUUGCGGCUUCCCUCAUUUUUGGCACCUUCGUCAUUAGCCUCUUCCUCAUCCUCUGCGUCGCAUCCUUCUUCUACCUCAAACGUGCCAAUAAACUCCCCAAUCUCUUCUAUCGAAGAAGCAAAGGGUCCAUUGUACAGUCUGCUGAAUCAGCAUCCAUGUUAUCUCCACCUUCUUCAAUCCGGAAACCUCGUUACGUCCGGCGGGAUCGUUCACUCGUCACCUCGACCACCAGCACGACUCUGUCUGCCGAGACCCGGGUCAGCAACGUGUAGCCAUCGGGACUUGUAAAUACCAGGCCAGCCAUUGAGUGGCCGGGAAAGCACCUACGAAGGGAAUCAACGACCGGGGGGCCAGUCGGCUCCUGUGUGACGAGUGGACUCAUUCCAAUCAGCGGGAAAACGGGGACUCUUAACGCGUUGGGUUACCUUUAGGAGAGAGACGUUUUUGGCAACCCGGAUGGGACGCCAAUUUUAGCUUUCCUGGUUGCCAAGCAGCUUUGAGAAGUCUCUUUGCUCCGGACCCUGUGAUUUCUACAGAUUUAGAUUGAGGCCAAGGAACCAACCACCUUGAGGAAAAGGCCAUGCUUCAAAGGAAACUCAAGUGCCAUAUUUUGGGGUUGUGGGUGCGAUUUUUGGAAAGAAAAAAUGCUUUCCGGAAGGGGGUGUUUCUCUCGGACGCGGGGUAGGCUGCUAGAAAGCACACUCCCUUCUUCAUGUGGUGUUGUUAUUUUUUUUCCUAGAGUUUGACCGAAGCCUUAAGCUCAGGGCAGCCUUGCCGUUUUUUGAGCGUUCAGAUUUAUUCUUUUGAACGUUUUAAGCGUUUGAUUCUCCCUUUUUAAUCUUCGCACCUGAGUAGGGCCCAGUCAGGUUUCCCUUCUUUUAGUAAAAUCCUAGCCUUUUAGGAGAGUGGGGGGGAGGUGGUCGAACCCCAACCUGGACAGGCCUGGCCCAUCUUUCCCCAUGACCACGCUUGGGAGCCCCGUCAAGGGGUCAGUAGCUCACCCCAUGGUCUCUGCUCACCAACAGCGGGAGAAAGGUAAGUGCUUGGGCAUACAGCUAGUCCUCGACUUACGCCAGUUCAUUUAGGGACCGAAGUGACAACGGCACUUGUUGUGACUUACAACCAUUUUUUCCCACGACCAUUUUUUGCAGCACCCCCAGAGUGACGUGAUUUGGCAGCUGGUUCAUACUUACAACCGUUGCUGAGCCCCGGGGUCAUGUGAUCCCCUUUUGGCACGCGAUGGAU